ACCAGUUCAUGGGCUGAUCUUCCUCUUCAAAUGGCAGCCAGGAGAAGAGCCAGCUGGUUCUGUUGUUCAGGAUUCCAGACUAGACACAAUAUUUUUUGCUAAACAGGUAUGAUAUGGUCCUCUAUUUGGGGCCUCAGAACUCUGGAUGAUCUUAGAUGCCAUUUGAGCUAGGAUACCUAGGCACAAUGAGGUAAUAAACAAUGCUUGCGCUACUCAAGCCAUAGUAAGUGUGCUAUUAAACUGUAUCCAUCAAGAUAUCCAUCUGGGAGACACACUGUCAGAAUUUAAAGAAUUUUCACAAAGUUUUGAUGCUGCGAUGAAAGGUUUGGCACUAAGCAACUCUGAAGUGAUUCGGCAAGUUCACAACAGUUUUGCCAGACAACAAAUGUUUGAGUUUGAUGCAAAGUCAUCAGCAAAAGAAGAAGAUGCAUUUCACUUCGUAAGCUAUGUUCCUGUUAAUGGAAGGCUAUAUGAGCUAGAUGGAUUAAGGGAAGGACCAAUUGAUUUAGGUGCCUGUAAUCAAGAUGAUUGGAUCAGUGCUGUCAGGCCUGUUAUAGAGAAACGAAUACAAAAAUACAGUGAAGGGGAGAUAAGAUUUAACCUUAUGGCCAUUGUGUCUGACAGAAAAAUGAUAUAUGAGCAGAAAAUAACAGAAUUACAGCAGCAACUUUCAGAGGAAGAGCCCAUGGAUACAGACCAGAGUAGUAAUAUGUUAAGUUCUAUUCAGUCAGAAGUUGCAAAAUAUCAGAUGUUAAUUGAAGAAGAGAACCAAAAACUAAAAAGAUACAAGAUUGAAAAUAUUAGAAGAAAACAUAACUACCUGCCUUUCAUCAUGGAAUUGUUAAAAACUUUAGCAGAACACCAACAGUUAAUACCACUGGUAGAAAAGGCAAAAGAGAAACAGAAUGCCAAGAAAGCUCAGGAGGCGAAGUGAAGAUAAUUUUGGAAGAAAAAUACAUACAAUAUUGUGCUUCUGACCUUGUUUUCAUGAAACAACCCUACAAGACUUUAAUGAAUUUAAAUUUGUCCAGUGCACAUUUGACAAUUGUAACAAAAUAUGUCUGGUAUCAUAUGUACGGGUCUAUAAAUCUCCUCCCCUUGCAUCAUGUGCAUGUAGUAACUACUAAGCAACGUUUAGAGUCUCUUGAUCAAAUUCUGUUAUUUAACUGUUGUUUCAGAUCAGUUCCUCAUACCUUAUUGGAAAGUAGAACUGCCAUUGUUAGAGAUCUAAAAAUGUGCAAAUAUGAAAUUAUAUUGUAUCCCGUAGUAAGGAACUUGGAUUUCUAAUGAUGCAGAGAGUGCUAGAAUUUUAAAAUAAUAAUUUGGCUUUCUCUAUUCACCACCAUUAAGAGUUAUUAUAGUCUCUGACUCUUCAUCAGCUUCCUCAUGUCUUUGUUUUUAUGAACGUUGACUAAUUUUUUUACAGAGUGAAAAGUCUGAAUUUAGCUGUAAACCAUUUGCAAAGACCAAUGUGUAAUCUCAAAAGACCUGCAUUGCUUUAGUAGAAAAAAUAAUAAAUAUUCCCAUUUUUAUUUUGGCAAA